AUGGCGGCCUCUCUGGAAUUCAGUGUGGCCGAAAUAGACGCAGCCACUGAACGCGCCAGGGAGUCCCUUCUCGUGAAGAGGAACGCCGAUAUCCAGAUGUCACGCUCAAAGCGGGACGCAGGAGCUGCUAUUCAACCGGCUGGGUGUCCCUUCGCCUCGCAACGUCAUCUGCACAGUCGCAGAGCAACCAAGGAAGCUGCCGAGAACGCAGCAGUGGCGACACUUUUCGAAGAGACCACCAGGGAGCUCCUUCGUAGCGUGCAGAACGCCGGAUUUGAGGCCAGAGCAGACGAUGUCGAUUUCCAGGCCAUUAGCGUGGACGGGACUGCCUUGGCCGCCACGUGUCCGCAACCUAACGUCACGUGCGACCCCAAGCAAAGGUACAGGCAACCCGACGGGACCUGUAACAACCUGAGGAACCCUGGAUGGGGCAGCGCUGGAUCCUGCAUGCAGAGACUGCUCCCUCCCGCCUACCAGGACGGUAUCAGCGCGCCCAGAGUUGCCAUAAGCGGAGGACCACUUCCCAAUGCGAGACUCAUCUCUUCCACGGUCCACUCGGACAUGAGCAACCCGGCAAUAAACUUCACGCACAUGGUGAUGCAGAUAGGACAAUUUAUCGACCACGACUUUGCUUUGGCUCCUCUUAUGCCGGACCCGGGAGAAAUCGUCAACCUUGGAAAUCCGAACAACGUCAUCGACUGCUGCUCGCCGAGUACCAGAAAUAUGUCGGAAUGCUUUUCCAUCGACAUUCCUUCUGGCGACCCCUUCUUUGCCCGUUUCAACCAGACGUGCAUCAACAUGCCACGGUCGGCGCCCUGCAGUCGCUGCAACCUCGGAUAUAGGGAUCAGCAAGAUAUAUUGACCUCGUACCUGGACAAUUCUCAGGUCUACGGCAGCAGUGCAGCGGACACCCAGAGGCUACGUUCACUAAGUAGAGGAAUGCUGAAAAGUCAAAGGGUAUCCGGACGAGAACUGCUACCCCGAAGUUUCCACCCAACCAUGGAUCGCUGCAGUGAUCCCAGCAAAAAUCAGUACUGCUUCAGGGCAGGAGACGAGAGGGCCAACGAACAUCCUGGACUAACUUCCAUCCAUACAGUCUUCCUUCGGGAACAUAACCGACUCGCCGGUCAAAUCGGUCUUCUCCGCCCCUUUUACAACGAUGAAAAGAUCUUUCAAACGGCCAAGAGGAUCGUGGAGGCGACCUUUCAGCACAUCGUGUAUUCCGAGUGGUUGCCCGUGAUCAUGGGACCAGCCGAAAUGGCACGCUACCAACUCGUUCUUCUCAGGACCGGCUUCACCAGGUACAACGACAGCGUGGAAGCCACGAUGAUGAACGAGUUUGCGGCGGCAGCGUUUCGUCUUGGUCACACGCUCAUCGACGGCUCUUUCAAUAUGCCUAACUUCUUUGGCGGCGGUAAUGCCACGUUGGACCUCAAAGAAAACUUUUUCUUUCCCUUCGAGUUUUACAACGGACAACUCGACCCCCUUCUGCGUGGCCUCGUUCAGCAGCCAGCGCAGACUUUCGAUAAGUUUGUGACAAAUGCCGUGACGGACCACCUGUACCGGCUGCGCAACGACUCGUUCGGUCUGGAUUUGAUAUCCCUCAAUAUCCAAAGAGCCCGGGAGCACGGAGUACGGGCCUACGUGGACUACGUCAACCUCUGCACGGGCGUCAACAUCACGUCCUUCGACGAUCUGCUCCAAAACAUUCCCAGCAGCAUUGUGGAUCAGUACAGGGCCCUCUACGCCGACGUUCGGGACAUCGACCUUUUUUCGGCGGGCAUCUCGGAGAGGUCCGUGCCCGGCGGGGUUGUCGGUCCGACGUUUGCCUGCAUCCUCGGCCACAUGUUCCAGAGACUCAGAUUCGGAGACCGCUUUUGGUUUGAGCACAAAGAUCAGGCUGGAUCGUUUACUUCUGGUCAGCUCGGGGAGAUUCGUAAAACGUCGAUGGCAAGGCUCAUCUGCGACAAUAGCGACAAUAUACGCUUCAUACAACGAGACGUUUUUCGUCCCGCGGGACCAGGAAACCCGACUACGACCUGCCUGACCAUUCCGAGCAUCAACAUUUUCCGCUUUCUAUGAGAACUCUGCACAAUGAACAGGCGCUUGAGAAAAAACCUGUGACACUUUAAAGCAUAUAUGAAGACGUCGUAUUGCUCCUCUUGGUGCUUGCUUGUACUUCCUUUUGCUUACAUUCAAAUAAAUAUUUUUGUGGAUUGG